GUCAUAAAUUUGAUUUUCUCUUGCGAGGCGCGAGGAGGAAGCUCUUUGGUGAAGAGUCGACCGUGUUUCGCUCUUUUUUUGACUGCAGCUUGUUUUUUCAUCCGUCACCACAAUGUCUGACGUUGAGAGCGUUGCCGACGAAGUUGUGGCCCCUGUGGAGGAGGAAGAAGAAGUCAAGGACUUGAUGACUGCCAUCCGGAAGGUGCUGAAGAACGCACUGAUCCACGAUGGUCUCGUCCGUGGCCUGCACGAGGUGGCGAAGGCCCUCGACGCCAAGAAGGCUCAAGUUUGCUUUUUGUCUGAAAGCUGCUCGGAGCCGGCUUACAAGAAGCUGGUCCAGGGCUUGUGCAAGGAACAUGGAAUCCCUCUCCUUGACGUGACGGACAGCAAGGAACUGGGCGAAUGGGCAGGACUGUGCAAGGUCGACAAAGACGGUACAGCUCGCAAGGUCGUUGGCGCGUCCUGCGUGUGCGUCACCGAUUUUGGCGAGGAGAGUGAGGCUCUGACUUUCCUCCAAAACCACAUCAAGACUCUUAGCUAAGUUAUUGACUUAUUUACAUCUGUGAUGUAAGUUGAUUUCUUUGGUGAGAUGUCUCUUGUCCGCGGAUGUGGCGGCUGAUGCAGUACCGGUGGUCUGUGUGGUUGAACUGCACCGUGUACGAUGCUUGUCUGUAUUGCGGAGCGCACUCACGGAACCUUGUAAUUUGCCAAAGUGUGCUGAAUAGGAAGGAGGUAUCUCCAUCACAGGUCUUAUUCGCUGCAGCUGGAUGUUUCUGAAAACUGACUUUACACGAUUCCAAUCGGAAGUGAUGGCGACACUUGAAGGGACAGUCGGACUCAGUGGCAACUGAGAACCCUAGGUACGUGGAUUGUAUGUAGAGCGCUGAAGCAUCGUCGUAUUGCGAUAAGCACGCAUUCCCUUGCAGAACAGCACAAACCCUCGGAGUAGAGUGUCAACACACCAGCGUCAUUUCAGACUUGGCGUGGUCGUUAGCGAAGAAAGGUUAUGGGGCAUCAACGUGUUGCCGCGAAAGGCUCUUUCGAAGAUGACCCUUCGACAGCUGCACUGUUUUGUGCAACCGGACUGGCUCGUCGCGACGUGUGCGUAACUCAGCUGGACUGGCUCUUGGUGGACUGCAUCGCGGUCUGUCAAAGAUUGCUCCUACAUGAUUAAAGAAUUCGUGGGGGCAAAAGACGCGCUUGUCCUUGCUUCGAACAACCGGGGUUGUACAUCAACGGGCUGCACGGCUAGUCUGCAUCCUAUGACGUCCCCUACACGUUUCUUUUGGUACAGAUCGUGACGCAACAUGCACUCCGGAGUAGAGUUAGACGACGUCUCGCUUUUAGCGCCACACCGCCGCUGUCAUACGUUCCAGAGAUGGCACCUGCAUAUCUCAAAUAAUGAUCUCGGCUGGUGAUCCGAGGUGACGAAACGCCCUCAGUGACCGGAUACAUCUACUGAACCGUAUUGGAAACUCUGCCGCGCCUUUCAGGAGACACU